CCCUCGGAGAGCCACGGUCGGGCCGGCUCCCUUGUCCCGGUGCCGGGCGCUACGCUCCCCUUCUUCUCCAGCCGGUACCCUCCGUUUCCCAGGACCCCCCGCGGCUGCCCUCGGCCCCUCCCUCCGGGUCCUCGCCCCGCCCCUGCCUGCGAGAGGGGGGUGGGGCGUGACCUCUGACCCCUACCCGGGUCGUCCCCGGGGCCCGGAGGGAAACGCCAGGUCAGGCCCGGGCCUUGAACGCGGGCCCCUGUCCCUGUCCAGCUUCGUUCCCGGGGGAGCCAUGAGGCUCAGACCCAGUGAGAAUUCCAGCCAUGGAACCACCUGAUACCACCCUCAUUGAAGGCGUGGGCAAUGAGGUGACAGUGGUGGUGGGUGUGGUGGUGCUGGCGUUGGCCCUCAUACUGGCCUGGCUCUCCACCUACGUGGCAGAUGCUGGUAGUAGCCAGCUCCUGGGCACCAUUGUGGCAGCUGGUGACACCUCUGUGCUCCGUCUUGGUCAUGUGGAACACCUGGUCGGGGGGCCAGGCACCUCGGAGCCAGCUGAGCCCACCCAUCUUGAAGAGGGUACUGAGGAGAAAGCUGAGGAGGAAGGUGGGGGGGACUCAGCAGGUGAGCCUGGUGCUGGGGGCACGGUUGAGCCAGGCCUCGACCACCUGCUUGACAUACAGGGACUGCCUAAUCGGGCAGCUAGUGGUGAGGGCAGCAGUCCAGAAGCUUCCCUGAGGUCUGAGGGUAGCACCCUCCUUCUGCCUAACUCUGGCCUCAUCAACAUUCGACUCAAAUUCCUCAAUGACACAGAGGAGCUGGCUGUGGCCAGGCCUGAGGACACCGUGGGCACCCUCAAGAGCAAAUACUUUCCUGGGCAGGAGAGUCAGAUGAAACUGAUUUACCAAGGCCGCCUGCUGCAGGAUCCAGCUCGAACCCUUCGCUCCCUAAACAUCACUGACAACUGUGUGAUCCACUGUCACCGAUCACCCCCAGGGCCAACAGCCUCUGGCUCCUCUGCAUUGCCCACUUCUCCCACCACAGAGCCUUCAGGUCUCAGCGUCAAUGUGGGCAGCCUUAUGGUGCCUGUAUUUGUGGUGCUGCUGGGUGUAGUCUGGUACUUCCGUAUCAACUAUCGACAAUUCUUCACAGCACCUGCCACUGUUUCUUUGGUAGGGGUCACUGUCUUCUUCAGCUUCCUGGUUUUUGGGAUGUAUGGACGAUAAAGACACAAUGAGGGUGGGAAGAAGAGUCAGUCUUCCUUCCCUACCCCAUUUCCUGCCCAGAGUUGGGUGCCAAGGGCCCCAGGUCCAGUGAUGGUCAGUAAAAGGGAUGUGGACCCUCUGUGGGAAGUGGGCAUAUGACCUCUUCCAUGCCCUCAACUCUGCCCCCAAACAGGGUGACCAUGUCCCUUCCCCUGCCCAUUAACAACUCUCAGGUAGAAAUGAGGACCACCCACCCCCAAAAAAGACAUAUACAUCCCUGAUGCCAGUACAAGUGACUGUCCUCCCCCAGAGUGGGCUCUGUGCUGACGAUCCCACUUGAAAGAGGUACAGGCUUAGGUGACCCCAGAAUAUCAAGGGACCCCCUGCCAGCAGCCCCCAUCUCUUUUGUGUGCCACCAGCUUUGCACGCACUAGAGUCCCUGGCCUCUCUAGCUUCCCACGUGGCUGCUCUAUAUUGGGCAGCAGCUAGGGGAGCACAGCAGUAUCCAAAGCAUGCAUCUGCCAGGGACAACAGGGCCCCUGUGCCUAGUCAUUGGCCAAACCACCUUCUCCUGUUUCUGUGGUUUAUAAGAUGACCAAAUCUAGUUUGUUUCAGGAAGGGGGUGACAAGGCCAAGGUACCUCCAUGGACCUGCUCUUUUCAGCCCUUUGGCCCCUGAGUAGUGAAAGUAGGAUGGUUCUUAUGUUCUGGAAUUUCCAAGGUUCUCCCCUUUUCUAGAGCACUUUGCUUGCAUACCUGUUUUUUACAAAGCCCUUUACAGUUGAGUCAGAACUCUGGGAGUCAGAGGUGAGACCCUAGAAUCAAGUGCAGGAAUUAGGGCUAGGACUGCUAUUGCUUCUGAUCCAAGGCCAGGACACCAAGAAGAAACAUCUGCACUGUCAUGCCCUCUACUCUGAAAUAACCUUGCCCUUGUGGCUCAGAGAUGUCUGCCCCCGAGGCUCCCAUCUAGAUGGCCACUGCCUGUGAUUAAAUAAAGUUUUACUUUUGUGGCCAGCCUUGGUCACUCAAAGA